AUGGCGGACAAUAAUGACGCGUCGUCACAUCUUCGUGAAUGGAUCAUGCCUGAGAAGAAUGGUAAACAUCUGGCAGGGCUUAUAGUGCGUAAUUCGCUGGCGGCGGAUUCCAAGGUCGAGUUCGUUCCCGAGAAAGGAAGACGCAUCAACUGGUACUGCUGCGGUCCGACAGUCUACGAUACGGCACAUCUCGGACACGCGAGAACAUACGUCGCGUGCGAUACAAUCAGGAGCAUCCUUGAACGGUACUUCAACUACGACGUUCACCUCGUGAUCAACGUAACCGACAUCGAUGACAAAAUCAUACAACGCGCAAAUGCAGAGAAAUGCGAAUUUAAAGAGUUGGCAAGCAGAUGGGAACACGAAUUCUGGGAAGACAUGGCGAAGCUCGGGGUGGAACCGCCGAACGUCAUCACCAGGGUCAGCGAAUUCCUGCCAGAAAUCAUAGACUACAUUGAAACAAUUAUCAAAAACGGUUACGCCUACGAAUCCGAAGGUAGCGUAUACUUCGACAUCGAGGCCUUCAGAACGAACAAAGCACACGUAUAUGCAAAAUUGGAACCCACCAGCUUCAAUGACCUAGGCCGCAUUGCGGACGGUGAAGGUGCUCUUGGGGAGACGUCAAUGCAUAAGAAGUCUCCCCAUGAUUUCGCUCUCUGGAAAAAGGCGAAACCGGACGAACCGUUCUGGCCAAGUCCCUGGGGAAACGGCAGGCCGGGCUGGCACAUAGAGUGCAGUGCUAUGUGCUCCACCGUCUUCGGAAAAGACUCCAUCGUAGAUAUACACUCAGGUGGAGUUGAUCUCAAGUUCCCCCACCACGACAACGAAAUUGCGCAAUCGGAGGCAUUCAGCGACCGCAACCGCUGGGUCAACUACUUCAUACAUUUCGGCCAUCUGCAUAUACAAGGACUGAAAAUGAGCAAAAGUCUCAAGAAUUUCAUAUCCAUAAAGGAGCUACUCAAUAGGUAUAACCGGAGGCAGCUCCGUAUACUUUUCCUUACAUCGCGAUACGAUGGAACGCUCAACUACAACCCCGGGCCGCAGGGCAUGGCGGAGGCGGUUGCUAUCGACGAAACGCUCUUCAACUUCUUCUCGCUGCUAAAUUCGAGGCUCGACAAGAGAGCAAACACGCAAAAAUUGGGAGAGCACGACUGCAAAUUGGCUGCAGAAUUCGACACGUUGAAGGAUACGAUACACGAAGCUUUCUUGAAUAAUUUCGACACCCCGAAGGUAUUAAAGGCGAUAUGCGGCUUCAUAGGUAGCCUGAACUCGUACCUUUCGACACCAAACGCUUCUCUUAAACAUGCACAAGGAAUCAGUUUCAAAAAUUACCUCUACAAAAUUCUGGAGGUAAGCGUAUUAAACUCAUGCAUUUCAAAAACAAUGAAGGUGUUGAAAAUAGUGGAGCCUGGCCACGAAUAUGGUGUUGAAAAAUCAAGCGAAGGCACGACUUCGGGGCCUUUACUGGACCACCUGGUGAACCUGAGGGCUAAGACGCGCCUCUUUGCGCAAGAAUGCAUGAAAACUAAACAAGUGGAUGUCAGCAAAACCGUCGAACUUCUGAAAAGUUGUGACAAAGUUCGGGACGAGCAAUUGCCGGAACUAGGAAUCCUGCUCGAGGAUCGGGACGACGGAGACUGUGUAGUGAAGUUUAAAUCCAAGGACGAACAGCUGAAAGACAACCAACGAAAGGAGGAGUUGAAACAGCAGCGUAUUCAGCAGGAGAAACAACAAGAAGAAUUGCUGAAUACACACCCGUCUGAAUUCAUUGCGCGCAAGUUCCCUGGGAAGUUCAGCAAGUUCGACGAUCAGUACCUGCCUACACACUUGGCCGAUGGCAACCCUGUUUCAAAAUCUGAAAGGCAGUCGCUUUCAAAGGUGCUCGACAAACACACGAAGCAGUAUUUGAAACGGCAGGAAAACUCAAAGUAG